AUGAAAAUUCAUUGGUUCUGUUCCGUCAUCAGUAUCUUGGUGUUGACUGACGUAUUUGCUGAGCAGAAGAAAUGUCCCGAAGCAGACUCUGAUCUCAUAAAAUACAUAAAAUGGCAGAUGGAGAUUUCUAAUGGUGGACAUAACAGUCUCUCACCACAGAAAUGUCAAUGUAAACCAAAAGAUGUGUUGAAAGAAAGACCAGCUUUCUUUGCAUUUUUGAAGGCUAAUAGUGUUUCAUUCACUGGACACGACAUUUUGAAAUUUGAUGAUUUGAGAACAAACAUAGGGAAUCACUACACCCCUUCAACUGGACACUUUACAGCUCCAAAACCAGGAUUGUAUGAAAUAUUUUGUCUUUUGUAUGGAUAUAAUAACUCCAGAGUCACCUUCCAGAUAAACAAAAAUGAUCAGCUUUUUGCCUAUGGAUUAACACCAGGUAGAGAAUGGAAUUCGAUUAAUAUUUCUCUGCUGAUGGAGUUGAAGAAAGGAGACAAAAUAUAUGUCAAACACCGAGUUCCAUCAAGGAGGGAAACUGUCCAAGGCAGUCAGCAUUCAUAUUUUUCUGGCCGUCUUCUUCAAUAAAAUAUCAAAUGAUCUUUUGAACAUGGCUUAAGCCUCGGUCCAUCUUACUGGAUAGCACUAACGGACGUCUAACGUCGACAAAAUUGUAAUCCGUUGGAAGUACGUUGCUGUACUGACCAAAUAAAAUGGACGCGUAAAAAAUGCAAAACGGACACACACUGGAUGUGCAACGUACGAGAAACGGAAACGUACCGGACAGAACGGAUGUCGAACGUAUAUCCAACUGAAGCAUACCGGAUAAAACGGAUGAACAAGAUAUACGGAAAGACGGCAUUAAUAAUA